GGCGGCGGAGCGCCGAGUCGCUCGAUGAGCGGGGGCGCUGCAGCAGAGCGGAGCGGUGGCGGGUCUGCGCCCUCCGUUUUCCCCCUCCCAGCCUCCUUCCUCUGCUUCCCGCUCCCUCCCCCGCCCGCCCAGCGCAGCCGGCGGGGACUGCUGCCGGGAGCUCCUUCCGAGCCGCAGGUGGUGAAUACUUAUUCUGUUGAAAAAUAGAAGAGUAUUUGUGUUCGGAAAGAAUGCCUCCCAAGUUCAAGCGCCACCUAAAUGAUGAUGAUGUCACUGGGUCUGUGAAAAGUGAGAGGAGAAAUCUUUUGGAAGAUGAUUCAGAUGAAGAGGAGGACUUUUUUCUACGAGGACCAUCUGGACCAAGAUUCGGACCUAGAAAUGAUAAAAUUAAGCAUGUUCAGAAUCAGGUGGAUGAAGUUAUUGAUGUAAUGCAAGAGAAUAUUACAAAGGUAAUUGAAAGAGGAGAGAGACUGGAUGAACUACAGGACAAAUCAGAAAGCUUAUCGGAUAAUGCAACUGCCUUCAGCAACAGAUCCAAGCAGCUUCGAAGGCAAAUGUGGUGGCGUGGAUGCAAAAUAAAAGCCAUCAUGGCUUUGGCAGCAGCUAUCCUUUUGCUAAUGAUUAUCAUUCUUAUAGUUGUGAAAUACCGUACUUGAUUUGAUGACAGAGAUCCUCAUUAAACAAGAUCUGGGACAAUAAUAUUUAAAGAUUGCUGCAUAAUUUAAAUGAAACCUAUGUAUAUAACUUUCAAAUUUUCUUUUUCAAGAAACUAAAAGGCAAGUACCACUUCAAAUUGGAGCAUUGAGAAUAUCUAAUCAUCUUCCCAACUAAUGAAAUGUGUUUUGAAUAAUUAUAUUUAAUGAAAAGAUAACUAUUUUGCUUUAUUCCAAGGAUCUAAUUUGAAACUAGAUACUUGCCAGUUUGUUAUUUGUAUAUAUAGUUAAACACUGAUGACAAUAUCCCAUACUUGUGUUUUAGUGGCAUUAAAAGCAUUUAUUAUUUCAUCAAAGUGAGGGUCAAGCUGGUGGUCAGGAAGCCUGUGUAGGGUCCCAGCCCAUCAGUGUUUGCGAGAAUGUCAUUCAUGUUGCAGUUGCUUUACAGGCAAUUUCCACAUUUAUGGAUUAACAAAAGCUAAGCGUUGUAAACGUUUCUGCCUUCAGCUCUACCUGAAAACAUUCCAGUAAAGCUAUUCUGACUGUAAAGGGGAAUAUGUGGUAAUUUUUUGGUAUUUGCAUUUUGAAAAUGGGAAAUUUAAACAGUGUGAAAAGCAUAAUACGGUGCCAUAAAACUGGAGAUAAUAAAAUUAUUGGAGAAUGUCAUUGGAGUGUUUGAAAAUGAGCAAUAUGUAGCUCCCAGUCUUGGUCCAGUCGGUUGUCAGUUAAACUACAAUAAAAAGGGACUAAUUCUGAUGUGAGUAAGUGAAAUCUGCAGGUAAUUUUUUCUUUGACUUCUUUUUUGUUAGUAGUUUUCCCUCUUUAAGUAACCCUGUGCCAGAAGUUCGGAAGUUAUCACAGUCUUUGAUUGAACACUUUUGUGUUCUCUGACACCAUUGGGAAGAGAGGUGUUACACCAUCAAGUGUUCAGACAUCCCCUGGCAGUGAGCUGCCAGCUGCAGGGAGCGUGGCUGGUCUGUGUGUGGUCAGUACCGAGGCGUAGGAGCCACUGCCGAGCCCAGCCUGCUCUCACCCGAUACACCCAUCGCACUGUGUCAGCCCCUUUAAUACUGCUUAAACACGUCAAGACGGAAAUGCAUCCUGACGUGAAGGAGGAAAAGGCAUGAUAGUAAAAUUGCAGGCAACAAGAACUUGUUCACAUGGACAUUUUAAGCUAGAAAUAGAGUUCACAGCGAUGGCCAGUAUUAAGGGGGGGGAUGUUCCCCUAUAACAGGUAUUACUUCUGUGAUUAUUUUAAUUCAAAAUGUAUAAAACAAUUGGAUUUUUCUUGGUUUACUUCUACAGUGGUUAAUAUUAACAGACCAAAAUGUUUAGAAUGGAAAGAAAUUUGAAAGGUGGAAGCAAGGUUAAGUGAUAUCCUAGCUAGUUUCCUAUCCUAGAUUAAGUUAUAUCCUAGAUAUAACUGCUGGAGCUUACAGUUUCUGGUCUCUUGACUCAGUUUCUCAGUUCGUGUGCACAGCACCUGAAUGGAUAAUAAAGCAUUUUAAAAAGACAGCAAGGAGUCUUCUCAGUCCCAGCAGCUGCAGUUCAGGGAUGGAGACGUUUUACUUGAAUCAGCAGAGCUGGUCCCGGUAGACAUUUGUCUUGUUUUCAUUGUAACUGAACCCAUAAGUCACUAACUUUCCAUUAGUUGGUCUGGAAGUCUAGUUUAACUCGAUGUCUAUUGGUAAGGAUGAAGGUUUCUUUCCUUAAAAAGACCCCAUUUUUUCAAUACUUCUUUUAAUAAAGUAUGCCACUUUCAAAGAAACAAUUAUUAAAAAAUAACUAUAAGAUUAUUUUUAAAACAUUAAGUGUAAAAAAUUUAGAUUAUGUAACUAUUGAUAUGUAUAGUGUUUUAUAUUUAAGUGUAGUGCUAUUUGGGAAACCCUGUUGAUAUGUGACUGAGAAUUUUACAGCAGUGAUGGCUUCAUUCACAGUUUAUUUAUCAUUUUGUCUUUUUUGAUUUUGCAUAAUCCUGAAACCUUAAAAUGACAUUAGUCUGAGAUACUGGAAGUAUGGGCGUUCCUACAAUAAGAAGCUGAGGAGAGCCAGGUGUGACGGCUCACCUGUAAUCCCUGCUGUCUGAACACUGACGUAGAAAGGUUGCCAUGAUUUUGAAGCCAUCCUAGGCUUCAUGGUGUGUUCUGGACCAGCCUGGGCUAUAGAGUAAGAACCUGUCUGAAAAAAAAAGCCAAACAAGCAAACAAACCAAAAGAGAAAUAGUUGUUCAAAUUGAUGCCUGGCCUGCCUUCAUUUCCUCCUUAAUCGUUCUUUCUCUCAUUCAGCUCAGAUCAUCCUGCACUUGAAAAAAUGAAGUUUUACCACCAUCAAAACUAUCAUUAUUUAACAACAGUGAAGAUCAACAGAAAAAUUCAAGUAGCUUUGCUAAUGUUAGUUGAUGCCCAGUGAAGUCAGGUCACUUCUUCCAUGCCUGAAGCGUGCCCCUGUGGUUUGUCCGUAGCCGAAGCCUCUUCCCCUGCAGCAGCUCCAUCACAGCCCAGUGAUGCCUGUGCUCUCUUGAUUCUUUUGUCCUAACGAAACUCACUGGAAAGUGUCCCAAAAUUUUAUAAACUGGGAAAUUUAUAGAUUAAAGAAAGGUCCAGCAUUGGUGAUGGAACAUUGCUUAAAAUGGAGAAGAGUCACACACAGCAGGCGCAGAGUGCCUGAGACAGUGCUGUAGACUGUCAUUGCACCUCGUUCCUGGGUUCUGCGUUAGAAAGGAAUGUUUGAGAGCAGAAAUCGACAGCUUUCUUUUGUGUAGAGCAUGUGGGUACCCUGUAAAUGCGUACACACACAGAGCGUGAGGAUCAGAAAAGUGAAAAGAACUUGACGUCCCUCCUUGCCGCUUACACCUGUCAUGUGUCCUGUCAGCACUGUAGCCCAAAUAGACUUAUCUUGUAUAUACUUUAUGGUUAGAAAAUAUGCAAGAUGUUUUUUCAGUGUUGAAAACAAAUGUCAUUAGAUGUUCUUAGUUGUAUUGAGUCAGAGUGUUUCUAAGUUAGAGACUGUAGUAUUAAUCAGAUUUUGUGUUUUCACAUAGGAAUGUAACUGGAAUCAGUUUUACCUUUCUGAGAGUGGUAGUAAGAACUUGAGUCAAUAAACACAUUUUUGGGGAGAAGGCAGUUGCCAAAAAAACUGUAAAGACAGUAGCUCAGAAGGAGCAGAAAGGGGCCAUCUUAGUCCGUACAAAUGCCACCCGUUACCCUCCCUUAAACUGACAGAGCCUAAGCCUUUUUGUGUGUGUGUGUGUGUGUGUGUGUGUCUUUUUUUUUGGGGGGGGGUGUUUUGUUUCGUUUAGAGACAGGGUCUCACUGUGUAACCCCAGCCUGGCCUGAAACUCAGCCACUGGCCUUUGUCUCCUGAGUGCUGGGAUUAAAGGUAUUUGCCACCGAACCCUGCAGCCUUUUUUCUUUUUGAUCAAAGAAAAAAUUGCUGGGCGCAAGUGAUCAUUCCAGUUUAGCCUCUGAAGUAGACUGCACGUGGGCUCUACCAUGUGCAGAUGGGCCUUCUUUUGAAGUCUGAUGUUAGUCUUCCUUGGAUAUUUAUUUUAAUAUGUCAAGUAGAAUAAGGGGUAACUUUUAUUCUGGCUCUUGUUUUAUUUUACAAAGCUACUUAGAACAAGUGAGUAGGGACAGGGAGAAAAAUGUUUCUAAUCCAGUUGGGAUAAGUGUAAGCUUAAGCUUCUAAAGCAAGGACCACACCCUGUUGUGACUCUUAGCACUGCAGCACCCACCUCAGGGCUACAAGCCCCUGACGGCAGCCAGACGAAGGUGUGUCACAGUGCUCGAGAAGUCACACUGUGCCGGCGGCAUGUUACUGAGGGCUGGUUUCCAGUGUGCACUGAAUGAUUGAUCUAGGGGAACCAACAAAUAAAAGUGUUCCUAUUAUAAUUGAGUAUAGAAAAAUUGUGGCUUUACAGUGUUGCGUUCCGUUCUUUUCGCUUGAAAAGAUUAUGAAAUAAAAAUCACAUUUUGAAGCUGUAAAUUGCAAAUGUCUGAGGAUUUAGUAAAAUGUUAGAGAUCAAUCUAUAAGAAAAUUCAAGCAUUGUUUUUAUGUCUUAGGUGUCGUUAUUUUAUUGUCAUUAUUUUACAUCCCAUGAUCCCUAAUUUAACCAUUUCGGCAAAGUGCCUUUGACACGUAAGAGGUAUUAUGGGAGAUGAGCAAAUGUAGAUUCCAUGCCCCUCUCCCUGCUUCUCAGUUCCUCACGAAUUUAUGUUUUACAGUGCUCCAAAGCUCAGUCCUUUGUGUUUAUAUGGGAUUGUAUUGUAGCUUCUCCAUAGUAAAACAGCAAAAUAAACCAUUUUGCAGAAAAUGAAAAGUAA